AUGCCCACCUCGUCAACAGCUGCAGUCUGCGGCUUCAAUCAAAGGUCCGUUGAAGAAAAGUCAACAACCCCGCCGCUCACUCCGACACUGCCGGAGGAACGCCCCGCAAUUCCCGUCAGGUCGGACCCGGGAUACUGCAUCGGUCGGUUCUUGGGCUCCCAGCAGCAUGCAAGUCCACCGCUUUCCCAAAUGGCAACAUCACCCAAAACAACAGACGACGCCGAAAAAGCCGGUCGCGUUCGCAUGGCGGGUAUCCUGGCAGAAAUUGGAUUUCCAGUGUCGGAUUGA